AUGAUUUAUAUUCGUGCAAUGGGAAACGGUUCUGUGAGAGCGUCAAGGCCUGAACAGAGUAACUCACCCCCUGCCCCGACAGACCCCUCCUUGGAGGUCUUGGACAACCUCAGAAGAAAGAUCCUGGGUCUGGAAGAAGAACUGAGGAAGAAGGAUGAUCAGCUGAGGCAGAAGUCGGAGAAAAUCCAAUCCCUGGAGAAAGAACUGAAAGGAAAACUUUCCCAAAUCGCCAAGCUUCAGGACGCCAUCGGGUACAACACCACUUCUGUGUCCACUUCUGGACACAAGAAACUGGUCAGUGUCAUAAACCAAGGGCCAAAACGUUUUGCCCAGGUGGCGACUGAAAUCCACCGACGCCUCAAGGCCAAAGAGGGGGUGUCUGCAGAGCCGACCUCUCGCAAUUAUUACUGCCACGGUGUGCAGAAGUUCUUCAUUGAGCAACUUCGAGUACGGAAGGACUCCAGCUUAAAGAAACUGAUAACUGAUGCAAUAAUGCAAAACGAGUUCCUGAAGAAGCUGGAGCCCCAGCACGUGCGGGAGAUUGUCGAAUGCAUGUACGAGAGAAGCUACCAAGAAACCGAUCUCGUCAUCCAGGAGGGAGAACCAGGAAACCAUCUCUACGUUCUGGCAGAUGGGACUUUGGAAGUUAUGCAGAACGGCAAAUUAUUGGGGCAGAUGCAUCCUGGGACGGCGUUUGGCGAGCUUGCUAUUCUGUACAACUGCAAAAGGACUGCUACGGUUAAAGCUGUGACGGAAUCUUGGAUAUGGGUUCUGGAUCGUCAGGUUUUCCAGAGCAUCAUGAUGGAAACAGCACAGGCGAGGAACAAGAAGUAUUUCAACUUCCUCAGCAGUGUUUCUCUACUGAAAGACUUGCCUGAAGAGAAAUUGUCCAAGAUCGUUGAUUGUCUUGAAGUUGAUUACUAUGAUAAGGGAGACUAUAUUAUUCGUGAAGGGGAGCAAGGUAGCACCUUCUUCAUUAUUGCAAAAGGAAAGGUCCGUGUGACACAGUCAAGAGAGGGAGGUGAAGAACCACAAGAAAUUAAGAAAUUAAGGGCAGGAGAAUAUUUUGGAGAGAAGGCUUUAAUAAGUGAGGAUCUUCGCUCUGCAAACAUUAUUGCAGAUGAUGAUGAUACCCAGUGCCUGGUAAUAGAUCGCGACAUCUUUAACCAGAUGGUUGGCACCUAUGAAGAGCUACAGACCUACCUGAAAGAGUAUGUGGAACAACUCUCCCGCAGCGAUGAGAACAGAAAUGCAAUGUCAGUAUCCUCCAAGUCACCGGUUUCCAAUGAGUGUAUCGAGGUCAUGCGACUGAGGGAAAAGGUGGCCAAGUUCUCAAACACGUUCCCCACCAACAACUUUGACAUCAUUGCUACCCUGGGCAUGGGGGGUUUCGGCCGCGUGGAUCUGGUGAAGCUGAAGGAUGAAGAUGUCACCUUUGCCCUGAAAUGUAUCAAAAAGAAACAUGUUGUGGAUACUCGGCAGCAGGAGCAUGUCUACUCGGAGAAGAACAUUCUGCUUCAGACCAAAUCUCAGUUCAUUGUGAGAUUGUACCGAACUUUUCGAGAUUCCAAGUAUGUGUACCUGCUCUUGGAGGUUUGUCUGGGCGGGGAGCUGUGGAGUGUCCUACGUGACAUGUGUUGCUUUGAUGAACCAACAGCCAGGUUUUGUGUUGGAUGUGUUGUGGAGGCUUUUGAUUACUUGCACAACAGAGGAAUUGUCUACAGGGAUCUCAAGCCUGAGAACUUACUGCUGGACUCUGACGGAUAUGUGAAAAUGGCUGAUUUUGGUUUUGCUAAGCGGAUUGGCCUGGGCAAGAAGACCUGGACAUUUUGUGGAACCCCUGAGUAUGUUGCUCCAGAGAUCAUCAUGAACAAGGGCCAUGACUUUGGGGCAGAUUACUGGUCUCUGGGAAUCCUGGUCUAUGAGCUUCUGACUGGAAAUCCUCCUUUUACUGGACCUGAUCCAAUUGAAAUUUACAAUAUGAUUUUGAAGGGAAUGGAGAAAGUGGAUUUUCCAAAACGGAUCCCCAAACGACCAGCGGAUCUGAUCAGGAGACUGUGCAAAGUUAAUCCAAUGGAGAGACUGGGAAACAAGAAGAAUGGAAUAAAUGAUAUUCGGAAACAGAAGUGGUUCCAAGGCUUUGACUGGGAGGGGCUCCGAACUCGGAAAAUGAAAUCCUCGCUUAAAAGAGAGUUGAAAGGACCAACAGAUCACAGUCACUUUGACAGUUUCUGUCGUGACCAUGAAGAGCCUCCAGAUGAGUUCUCAGGCUGGGAUGAGGACUUCUGA